GCCACCGUUGCUAGUAUCGCCGCCGCUAUUGGUGCUUCUAUUAAUGUAUAUGUUAGUUAAAAAUUCAAAACGGAGAAGCAGUACAACCAUGGAGAAUUGAGAUUUGGGAAAAUUGAGAUUUACAUUUUGAAGAAGGAAACGACAACUAUUAUUGGAUCUUGCUGCACUGGGAUUGCCGCCGCUGCUGUUGGUGCUGCCGCCGGUUGAGGUGUGAUGGGCGGCUGCCGGAGGUGGGGCUACCGUGCCUUUUGAAUGAGACGACAACUAUUAUUGGGUGUUGCUGCUGCUGGGAUUUUCGCCGCUGCUGGCGUGAUUGGCGGCUCCCAGAGGUGGGGCCGCCGUUGCUGCUGUAACAGGGAGCGAACAGUAGUGAAGGAGAGGGAGAAGAGCCGCGGCAGAGACCAUAUAAAGAGGGUAGUGCGGAGCUGCCGACGAAGCAGAGAAUCGAAGCAGCAGCGAAAAGAUGGGAGUGGAGAAGGAAGUUUUGAGGCCAGGAACAGGUCCCAAACCUGUCGCUAAUCAGGAUGUCACCGUCCACUGCACUGGCUACGGGAAAAAUGGUGAUCUUUCCCAAAAGUUCUGGAGCACAAAGGAUCCUGGGCAGAAGCCUUUUAGCUUUAAAAUUGGAAAAGGUUCUGUUAUCAAAGGAUGGGAUGAAGGUGUGAUGGGAAUGCAAGUGGGAGAAGUUGCUCGUCUCCGGUGCUCUCCAGACUAUGCCUACGGUCCCAAUGGAUUUCCAGCAUGGGGAAUUCAGCCUAACUCGGCGUUGGUUUUCGAGAUCGAAGUAUUGAGCGCGCAGUGAGUGCUUAUUAGGCUGACUUAGAGAGUUGGAGCUGUUCACAAUCUCAUCUCUAAUAAACACUAUAAUAUAUAAAUACUCUUAUUAUCUUACUACGACUCUGCGACCGUCGAUGACUGUAGUGUGUUAUCGUCAACCUCUCUUUGUCUUUCUCUCUCUCUCUCUCUCUCUCUCUCUCUUCCAUUGGUACUUUACUUCAGCAAAAUAGGAUGCAAGUGUUGGGAUGCCCUCCCUAGAAUAUGAACUGCAGCAGUGCUGAAUUUGAUAUGUGAUAAAUAAUUGUUGAGUUGGAUAA